GAAAAAAACUUUUAUUCCUGGAUAUUCUAAUUAAGGUAUGGGGAUAGGAGGACAGCAGGUUGUUGGUGUUGUUGAUGCUCUGCAUGAAGCUGUUGGCGCUCAAUACCCUGAUGAUGCAUGUACACAGGGCUUGGUGGCUGGGCUCUGGUCUAGCUUGUCAGGGAUGGGUCGAUUUAUUUCAAGGGCUGGUUCUGGAUAUCUUGUGGAUAAUUUUGGGUUCAGUCUGGUCGCAGCUAUAGCUUUUAGCUUGCAGGGACUCCUGGCUGUAGUCACCUUUUUAUACCUGGUCUUUUUUGAAUGUCAUCUUACACAACGGAACAAUCUUAGAUUUGGUGAUGUAACAAUUGUAGAGAAAGGAAGAAGGAGGGAUGAGAAGGUUGUAUUUACACUUCCCUCUGAAUCUUUGAUGACAAGAUCAGUGUUUAUUGGAAUACCCCACAAUAGCACAGGUGUAAGGAUAGCCAAUUCCAUGCCACCGAAAGCUAUUCCGUUUCCAGAACAGGAAAAGAGACAUCGCUCCCGCUCUGUUCGAUAAAUUAAUUUUAAUUAUAAAUAUAUCUAUAUAUUAUAUAUAGAUUGAUGACAAGGGCCUAACAUUAAUUGAAGUAAUUUUUACAACAUGCAUUAUGUCAUUCAGAUUUUAUCUCAAUUUUAUAUAUAUUUUGGUAGUUUUAAAUGUCCAUAUCUUGUAAUAUACAUUAUUAUUAUGUUUUAAUUUUAAUUAAUAAAUUGUAAAAAGCAAUG